AUGUUUCGUAUUUUAAAAUGUAGUGAACACUUAUCAGUGCGACAGUUUACUCGUGGCAAACAUACUGGAAAAGUGAUCGCUAUUCGCCGAGAAGAUCAAUCCGUAUGGGAACGGCGAGCUUCCUUCCCACCAGCGGUGGUGAAAAAACUCAUCAAGCAGGGCGUCAAGGUGAUAGUACAACCGUCCAACAGGCGAGCCUACCCGAUGCAGGCAUAUCUCAAUGCAGGUGCCACCGUUCAGGAGGACAUCAGCGAAGCAUCCGUCAUCUUCGGUGUGAAGCAAGUGCCCGUUGAUGCGCUGAUCCCGCAGAAAACGUACUGCUUCUUCUCCCACACGAUUAAAGCACAAGAAUCGAACAUGCCCCUGCUGGAUGCAUGUCUGGAGAAAAACAUUCGGCUAAUCGACUACGAGAAGCUGAUGGAUCGCAACGGCUUACGCUUGGUGGCGUUCGGAAAAUACGCCGGUGUUGCCGGCAUGAUAAACAUUUUGCACGGGCUUGGCUUGAGAUUACUGGCACUGGGACAUCAUACGCCUUUUAUGCAUGUUGGUCCAGCUCAUAACUAUCGAAACUCGUCAAUGGCACGACAAGCCGUACGGGACUGUGGGUACGAAAUUUCGCUUGGUAUGAUGCCCAAGUCGAUCGGGCCUAUUACGUUCAUCUUCACCGGCUCCGGCAAUGUUUCGCAGGGAGCACAAGAGGUGUUCCAGGAGUUGCCAGUAGAGUUCGUACCACCGGAGAUGCUUCGCAAGGUGGCCGAGCACGGUUCGACUAACAAGCUGUACGGAUGCGAGGUGAGCCGUUCCGAUCAUCUCGAGCGACGCGAGGGCGGUAAAUUUGAUCCCGUCGAGUAUGAUCAGUACCCGGAACGGUACACAUCCACCUUCAGCAAUAACAUUGCACCGUACGCGUCCGUGAUUGUGAAUGGAAUUUACUGGGCGGUCGGUGCACCGAAACUAAUCACGAUUCCCGAUGCGAAAAAUCUUCUCCGACCAGCAAAUACACCCUGGCUGCCCACGAGCCGUGGUUCUCCAGCGCUUCCACAUCGAAUGCUGGCGAUCUGCGAUAUAUCGGCCGAUCCGGGCGGUUCGAUCGAGUUCAUGAACGAAUGCACUACGAUCGAUACGCCCUUCUGCCUGUACGAUGCCGAUCGUAACAAGGAUCAGAAGAGCUUCAAGGGCCCGGGAGUGCUUGUUUGCUCGAUCGACAAUAUGCCGACGCAGCUACCCCGGGAAUCAACGGACUUUUUUGGCGAUCUGCUUUACCCCUACGCACUGGACAUACUGCAGAGCGAUGCGUCGAAGCCACUCGCCGAACACAGCUUCUGCCAACCGGUGGAGGGAGCCAUUAUUUGCAGUAACGGAAGUCUUACGCCAGGCUACGAGUACAUUAACGAGCUUCGGGAGUUGAACAGCCGAUCGCGGCAUAAGACGGAAGGAUGUUACGAGGGCAAGAAGCGGGUGUUGGUGCUGGGAGCUGGAUUCGUGUCGGCUCCGCUGGUGGAGUACCUUCACCGUGAGUCGAACGUUAGUAUUAAGGUAGCGUCUCAGUACAAGGAAGAAGCGGAUCGAUUGGCACACCGAUACCAAGGUGUCGAGUCGGUGUACGUUAACGUGCAGGAUGAAAGUGCCAACCUACAUAACCUGUGCGAGGAAAGCGAUGUCGUGGUGUCGCUGCUGCCAUACUCACUGCACAGCGUCAUCGCAAAGCACUGCAUCGCGGGCAAGACCCAUCUCGUGACGGCCAGCUAUGUGAACGAUGAUAUCAGUGCGCUGCACGGUGCCGCCCAGGAUGCCGGUGUGACGAUCAUGAACGAGGUCGGGCUUGAUCCCGGUAUCGAUCAUCUGCUGGCACUUGAGUGCAUUCAGGACGUGCAGGAGAACGGUGGCGUAGUUGAGUCCUUCGUCAGCUUCUGUGGCGGACUUCCCGCACCGGAACACUCGGACAAUCCGCUGCGGUACAAAUUCUCCUGGUCACCGCGCGGUGUGCUGCUCAACACGGUGUCUGCUGCAAAGUACCUGAGCAAGGGUCAAGUCGUUGAGAUAUCCGGUGGUGGCGAGCUGAUGUCGGCACCGCGAGAACUCGAAUUCCUGCCAGGAUUUGCACUCGAGGGUUUCCCGAACCGUGAUUCUACCAAGUACCAGUCGCUGUAUGGAUUAACCAACAUCAACACACUGCUGCGGGGAACGAUCCGUUACAAGGGUUUCUCGGACACGAUUAAACCGAUGCAGCUGCUCGGACUGAUCGAUCCCAAUCCACAUCCGUUGCUGCAUCCUCACGGACCGGAGCUGACCUGGAGGCAGCUGAUAGUAAACAUGCUCGGACUGGCCGAUGCGGACAUUUUUAUCGAAAAUCUUAAGUAUAAGCUAGCGGAGCGCGUGGGUACAAUUGAAGGAUUGGAAGAGUUGGGACUGCUGGAAAACGCUCCCGUAGUGAAGAUGGGCUCUCCGUUGGAUACACUCAGCUAUUACCUAUCGAAGAAACUAGCCUUUGCUGACACCGAGCGUGAUCUAGUCGUGCUGCGCCAUGAAGUCGGAAUUCGUUGGAGUGAUGGACGACGUGAGGAACGGGGCAUAAACUUCGUCGUGUACGGUCAGCCUGGCUCGGAGGGAGGCCACUCAGCGAUGGCCAAAACAGUCGGAUUUCCGGCAGCGAUUGCAGCAAAAAUGAUUAUCGAUGGUGAAAUCCAGCAGCGUGGAGUGGUUUUGCCAUUCUCGGCCGAUAUCUACCGGCCCAUGCUGGCCCGUCUGGAGCAGGAAGGACUAACGGCGACAACGACUACGAAGGUUUUAUGA